AUGUACGACAGACAUCUGCAGUUUUACACCGACGGCUUUUUUGACAAAGAGAACAGAGCCAGCGUAGCUGCAUACGUGAUACCGACCCUCAAUGCCACACGGGCUGUAGGAAUUGACCGCGUCGUGUCUUCUGCGGGAUGGGGCGACGUCAGCUUCCACGGCUCCCCACAGAUCCCCACGCCCAACAUCGACGCACUUGCCAGCACGGGAGUGGUUCUCAACAACUACUAUGUGCAGCCGACCUGCUCGCCUUCCAGGGGAGCGCUCCUGAGUGGCCGCUACUGCAUACACAUAGGUUUCCAGGAGACCCCCCUGCUGCCACGACAACUCGGGGGCCUACCUCUCGACAUCAAGAUCAUGCCCGAAUAUUUCAAGGAGUUGGGCUACGAGCCACACAUCGUGGGAAAGUGGCACCUGGGAUACUUCAGCUUCAACUACACUCCAACCUACCGUGGCUUCAACAGCUUCCUCGGAAUGCACGUCGGUCCCACAGAUUAUUACACUCAUGUGCUGAAAUGGGAUGGCCUUCAGGGCCUUGACUUCUGGGACAACACGGAUCCCCUGAAGACUGAGAAUGGCACAUAUUCGACUACGCUGUUUACGACAAGAGCCAAAUCUAUUAUUGCCAACAGGGACAAAUCAAAGGAACAGGUGUUGGAGCUCGACUAG